AACCUCCGAGUCAAUAGGCAAACGAUCAACUAAUAUUAAUAGGAAAGCGAGUAACAUAGAAUCAUUAAUGAGGUUCUCAUUUUUUAUUGUGAUUUUUGUUGUAACAACCCACCAAUUGUCGGCGGUCAGCGCAAGCGAGUCAUUAGGAAAUCCGUAUAAAAUAUUAGGUGUUCACAAACGUGCGACUUUACAAGAAAUUCGAAAAGCAUAUAAAAAUCUUGUCAAAGAGUGAUCUUAACUGAUCCAGAAAGAAGAAAAAAUUUUGAUAAUCAUGGAAUCACAGAAGAAAAUAUUUCUAAGCAAAAAAGAGACAAUAGUUACUUUAACAAUGUCUUUGAUCCAUUGGAAGAAAUAUUUGCUAGAAAUUUCAAGUUUCAUUAUCAUCGAGAUAUUUCACUUUUCUAUAAGAUGAGCAUUACAUAUCGAUCAUUUGAAAAUAUUAUAGUACCAAAAACUUUCCGUACACCUUAUCUGAUACUAUUUUAUUCGGAUUGGUGCUUUGCAUGUUUACAAGUAGAACCAACAUGGCGACGUUUGAUUGAUGAAUUAGAACCAUUGGGUCUUGGUUUAGCAACUGCACAUGCUGAAAAGGAGUCUGCUUUAGCAAGGAAACUAGGAAUUCAUUCAUUACCAUAUCUUGUUGUCACAAUAGAUGGUCGUACAAGUGUAUACAAAGAAUCCGUUUUUAGUAUUCAAAAAAUUGUUGGUAUGUAUAAUAUAAUAUUAUACAAUACAAUUUCGUAUUAUGAUGGAACUAAGUUGUUUAUUUCUCUUACAGACUUCUUACGAAACAAAUUUCCAUAUAAAUUAAUAUCUAACAUAAAUAAAAAUAAUUUAGAUAAUUUUCUCUCAGGAUGGAUAGAUAAUCGAAUUCGAGCUUUAAUAUUUGAUAAGAAAGAAUCUGUUAGAUUACGAUAUCUAUUCAUUGCGUUUUAUUACAGAGAUCGUGUUGCAUUUGGUUUCGUUCAGACGGGAAAACCAGAUACUGAACUUAUUGUAAUAAAAUAUAAAAUCUCUGUGGACUUGGAUACUUUAUUAUUAUUUAACGAAAAUUCUGAGAAACCUAUGGCGUCCGUUAGUAUGAAAGAUAUAUUAAGUGAUACAAUGCACAAUGUUAUUUUAAAUAAUAAAUUUCUUGCUCUACCAAGACUUUCAAAUCAAGCAAUGUUAGAUUCAGUUUGUCCACCUGAGUGGUUAAGACCUCAAAAACGAUUAUGUGCAGUUUUAAUAUCACAACAAAAUAGUCCUCUUCAUGAUUUAGCUAGGCAUAAGUUUAGACAAGCAGCUUUAAAAUCAUCUUACAGUAUUGAAAGAGUCCGAUAUACAUACGUAUUUAAAGAUACACAAUCAGAAUUUGUGUCAGCACUAUCAACAGGGGAGGGCAGUCCUUUAGAACCUCUAUUACAUAUUGUCAUUAUUUGGAGAAGGGAUGCAAAUCAUUUGAAAUAUGAAUGGUUACCUACUGAUUGGAUUGAAGCUGUUCGAGAUGAAAUUCAAUGGAAUGAAACACGUCGCAACUUGGAACAAACUAUAAAAAGAUUAUUGCGUGUAUCUGAAGCUUUACCAUAUACCGCAGUUGUAGAUGAAUUAGCAGAUGAACAUGCACAGGGUACUGUAGACAAACUUAUUGGAAAAGCAUUACUAGCUGUAGAUUAUAUUUCGGAUAGUCUUACUAAGGAGCAAAUAUUGCCUUUAGUAUCAGUAAUUGCUACUUUAAUGUUAAUUGGUGCUGCGGGAUAUGGGAUGUCGUAUCUAGCAAAAUUAGAGGAAGCAAGUAUUCAAGCUGAACAUGCUCAAUAUAAGGAUAAAUCAACGCAUCCACAAUUGCGAUUACAUGAAUUGCGAGCAGAGAAAUAUAAUGGUUUAGUUCGACUAUUAAAACCGGGCUGUAGAACCAUUAUAUUAUUAGUCGAUGUUCAAAGUAGAUUAAAAUUAUUACCACCUUUUCAUAAAUCUGUAUGGCCUUAUAGGAAAAAUAAAACUCUUAUGUUUGCACAUUUGUCUCUUGAAAGAGGGUUAGAGUGGUAUAAAAAACUGCUAUCUCUUACCUUGCUAGAACAAAAAGAACUAAACAUAAAUCCCAAAAAUUGUAUUGGCACUGUAUUAUCUUUAAAUGGUCAUCGUAAAUAUUUUUGUAUAUACCAUGCUAAACAUCCAGAGUGUACUAAAGGCAAGAGUUCUAAGAGAAUAGAGCGAAUAACGAAACAAUUAUCUCGGAGAAUAGAUGAUGCAGAAGCUGGCGCAUUUAUAGGUUUUGACAGUUCCAAUGAAUCUGAUGUUUCUGAAGAAGAGGAUGGAAAUAAUGUUUUAUUCCAGGACAAUCUUUUGGAUGGUUUACCAAUGUGGCUGGAUAGGCUGUUCGAAGGUUCAACACAUCGUUAUUAUGUAAAUUAUUGGCCCGAAUUCACUGCCAAGUAAAUGAAGAUUGGUAUACAUUUUGGUAACGUGUAUACUUUUUGCAAUAGAAAAAGGGAUCCAACUAGUCAACAAUAUCACGUCAUUUAAAAAUUCUAUACAAUUUAAACGUAUCUUUUAAUUUCAUAUAAAGUUAGGACAUAUUCAUUACAUGUACAUGAUUAUUUAUUAAUUCACGUGCGAUUUUCUGUACACAUAAAAUUUAGAUAUUCCAUUAACUACACUUCAAAAGAAUUUUAUAAAUUGUCAUAAUAGUUGAUAAAACUCUUAUAGAUUCAAAGUUACAUUAUUUUCGUCAAUUUUCAUAAGUAAUAAGAACUCUCUCGUCAUUUUUAAUAAUAUUUUUUAAAUAAUUCUAGUCGAUGCCAU